AUCAAGAUGGUCACAUCCAUUCAUCAACUACCACCCGAAUCAUUAUCUCAUAUAUUCGCUCAUUUAUCACCCGAUGAAAUGUUACUCUCUACAUUAGUUUGUCAAACUUGGUAUAAUCUUAUUAAAGAUGAUUCGUGUUGGCAGGCAGCAUUUGAAAUUUAUUUUAAAAUCCAAUCAUCACAAGAAUUUAAUCAAACUUUACAGAAAUGGGAAACUAAUUCAAAACAAACAGAACAAGAAGAAGGACGAAUAAGAAGAUCUUCAAAUCAGUUUACAAGAAUUGAUCCAACAAGUUGGAAAAAUGAAUAUUUGAUUCGGUUUAAACUUUUAAGAAAAUGGAAGAAAUCUAAAUUAGGCACGAUAACCUAUAACCCAAGCAUAGGACCGAUCACCGAAACCCAUCUAAACCAUCAAAGCACCGAAUCCGAAUCCCCAAACUUAACGAUCACUUCCCUAAAAUCCGGUACGACCAUCCGUCUAGAUCCAUGGACCCGAAAAUUAACUUUGCCCAAACUAGAAUGUAAUCCCACCGAUCCCCCAAUUCCAGUUCAUUUAACAAACCAUCUUGAUCCGAUUUGUUUUUCUUUAAAUUCAGAGGGAAAUCAGGUCUUUUGGGGUAUGAGGAAUGGAGAGAUUAGGGUUUGUAGAUGUGAUGAAGUUUCUGGAGGUUCGAGAGUGGAUCGGAUCGGAUCGGAUGAAAGUCGUCAUACGUUGGCCAUCAAUUGUUUGAAAUCUAUUCAAGUGUUUCAAAAACCUACACCGAUUCAACUAGAACAUCAUCGUG